AUGGCAGAUCCUCGUCUUAAAAAAAUCAAAGUCCAAACAGGUGUUGUCAAAAGGCUUGCAAGAGAAAAAGUCUCUUAUGAGCAGGAAGUUGAUUCACAUAAGGCAAAAAUUGAACAGUUCAAAAAAGAAGGAAAAGAUGAAGCAGUUGUAAAUAAACAAAUUGAAAUUUUAAAUGAAACGAUUCCAAUGAUAGCUGACACCCAGAGAAGACUGAAAAAAGCUUUCACAGAGUUUGAGGCUUUAUUAGAAGCCGAGAAAGAUUUGAAAGCCACUGAAGAGUACGCUGCUGGAUUGAAAGCCUUGGAAGACGCUAAACCACACUUACCAAGUUAA